UUCACUCCUUGCCAACAGGUUGAUGCGCUUGAAAAUGAGGCUUACUAUGAUACUGGAUCAGUAUGGAGCUUCCAACUUGGCUGCUAUGUUUGGGAUUCCGCAUUGUCCCAGAAAUUAGGAUCUUGGAAGCGACUUCAAAGAUCCAAACAGCCUCAAUCAGCCUAUCAUGAGACUCUGGCAGCCAAUUUUGAGAUUUUUGAGUCAGUAUACCCAGCUUCGUAGUUGGUGGGUAAGAUUUUCAAGAUUUGACUGAUAAAUGCUGAUGUUUGUCUCCUCAAAUUGUUUCAUCAUUUUGGCUGUGGUUUUUUGUUCCCUGAGGUGUCACUCACUUCUAUUCAUCAGCAUUAUUUUCCUAUUGUCUUUCCUAUUGUACUACGACCACUUCCAAUAUGCAUCUCAACAAUUAAUCAUUUUUACAGCAUCGCGUUUGGGCGUUGAAUUUCUCACCAUAUAGUCGUUUCUGCACCUACGGCCGGAAUCAACUUACACGAGCAAUGCCCUCAUUUACAUGAACAUAGUAAUCGAAUCACCCUAACCUAACCUGAAGGACCCCUUUGAAGUCCCGGGCCCAGCCAUCCAACUCGAACUUCUCCAACAUUUCUUGUGAGCACCACAGUAACGUGAUGGUGACCAAGUUCGAGCCAUCUAGAAUGUCCUCCCAAGCCGUUGAUGCUCAACAAACAUAUCGAAUUCGGCGUGCUCCCUUGCAUGACUUACUACCGUCAAGCCCCUCAAUUGCGACUUCUCCUAUCCCAGCACAAAGUAAAGGAUACCGGGCUCCUGAUGAUCGAUCCUCGCCUUCGUCAACUUUCAUAUCCAGCAUUUCUGACGAUGAAAGCAGCUCUUCUAGUGGACCAGACCAAUUCUACCUAGAAAGAUACAGUCAAGAUGCCCAAAGGGGUCAUUCAUCCUCCACUACGACACAGCAAAAUCCCACUAAGGCCAAGAAGCAUGGAACAUCGACUUUGAAUCUUGAAAACAAGCGACGUCCAGGGUUGAAUAUUGUUACAAAUUUCUCAAAUCCACUGUUGAGAUCUCAAUACGAAGGGAUUGUGGUGGAUCAAGUGCAGUCGCAACGACCCCGAAUUGGACAAAGAAACGCCGCUUCUGUGGUGUCUGCAAAAGCCGAACAUGUCAAUCAAACAACAAUCAACUUGGUUUUGGAACACUCUGUGGCUGCGAACACCGCGGAAACCUGUACUUCAGGUCACGACAGAAACCCUGCUCGUGCUGCAUAUUCGAAAUGGCGAGAUUUACAGACAACUCGCAGAAAGGUUGCCGAUGGUGCCAAAAGCGCAACGUCGGUCAUCCAUCACGAUUCUUUGGCCACAGUUGACCUAGACUCUGCACACAGCAAAGACCAGUCGGCUGAUGGAAGCUCUGUUGUCAUUGGACUAAGCGUUCCCUCAAAUGAAGCAAAUACUCACCAGUCGAGAAACGUCGCUAAUGAUACCAUAUCGACAAAAACUCCAGAGACCCCAGCAAUUGUCAUUACCCCAGCCGAAGAUGGAGAAUCUUGGAAACCUUCUUUCAUGCGCAAAGUGCGACCUUCUUCCAGCAUCUAUAGUGUGCACUCCGGACUCAACGAUCCAAGAAGAGAAGCUUUACCUCCAGUACCGGUGGUACCCCAGAUCCACAAGAAAGACCGCAUGCCUGUCGCAAGAGCUAGUGUAGUCCAAGGAAUCUACGAAUCGAAGCCCAAUCACGAAGAUGAUAUUGCAUAUGAGGAAGACAAAGGGACUCGGUACCCCGAGAGUGUUCGGAGAGCCUCUUCAGGAAGCCAAGAACAUAUUCUGCCCAAAGAAGAUGACAAGGCCAGACAUAGAUCGCAGGGUUGGUGGAAUCUCAUGCUCUCGCCAAUGCUGUCCAGAAAAGGGACCAUAUCGGAGAGGGUCCGAGCCAACGACAGUGAAAGACCGCCGAUGCCGCCAAUUUCUACCCUCAAUGAGGUUGAUAAACACUCCUCUGUUUCGUCUCUUUUCGCAGAAUCACCCGAGACGCCCAGACGUCUUGGCCUGGCUAGUCCUAGAGCAAGCAUAUCUGCCAGGUGGACCUUUUGGGCCAAGUCCCGGGGAGUGGAGGAGCAGCAUCACGACAAAAUGGUCGAUCCCUCACAACUACAAACAGAUAAUACCUCUGCACUAGACGCUCAGAGGAACCUUCCCCUCGAGACUCUCGCCGGAGCUGAAGUGGGACUUGCUGCAGAAUAUUACCAUGCGUGCGCCGUGGAGCAAUUAAGUGGUGUCCGUUAUUUCGAAUGCAAUAAUCAUUCUUGUACGAAGAGACUGCCACAACUCCACUCAAUAUUCGAGCACGAAGAGCGAGGCAACCCUACUUCCCACGAAGUUGACGCCGAAAAGUCUUUGAAGGGCACCAAACUGGAUGGGACUACGGAAAACAGGGUUAAGAGUCUCGCCUCUAUACAAUCCGAGCCUGAAGAACUCUCCCCAAAUGUAAGAGAUGCAAAUACAGGUACUGUGACAAAGGCUAGAGCGAUCGGGGCUCCUGCUAUUGCCACUUCUGCGGUCAUGGAAGCAAUCUGCGAGGACGAAUCGAGCAGCGCCAGAGAAAUGCAGGAUGACAUUCAAUCUCCACCGGCACAAGUACGCGGUCUUAGUAAAAGGACUACCCGGCAAAUUGCCCAAUUACCUAGUUCGGUAGCAGUGAUGCCGCGUGAAGUCAUUCAAGCAGCAGUGCAGUCGCCCGGCCCAAUUUCGCCAGCCACGCAGCAAGCCAUGAGAUCUCAAGGAGACGUACCUAUGUCAGAGAUCAGCCACCCAUCAAACUCACAUGCAAUUCGGUCGCUAAAGCAAACGAGAAAACCGGCCGAGAAUCAAACGUGGGAUCAAACACAACCAGCAUCGGUGACAGUACACCAUCAUACCACUUAUUCAGAGCGAUUUGUACCUGCACCUGCACCUGCACCGUUUCUGUACGAGGCAAGGAAGAGCCCUGAAGUCCAUGCCAUGCCUGCAACGCUAAACCGAGAUAUGAGUGAAUCGACUUCGCAGAAGCCAGCAUCGACCAAGCGCCGUAACAGCGACGUGUCAAAGAAACCCGGGGUGUUUGCCAAAAUCAAAUCCUUAUUCAAGAAGGGAGAGAAAAUCGAGGCAGACUCAAAGUCCAAGAAGCGAAAAUGGACUCUCAUUGUGGCGGUUCCUUUGCUAUUGAUUGUGAUAGCCUGCAUUCUUCUUGCCACCUUGCUCACUCGUCAUGGGGACGGCACUCCUGUUCAGAGCCAGUGGCUCAACUUGACAGGAUAUCCUCCCAUCCCGACAGGUAUCUCUACCAUCGCGAUGCCCGACGCCGUCCUGGAGCAACCUCGGUGUGUAGCACCCACCACGAUGUGGAGCUGCGCACUGCCGAAAGAAGAUCAGGCUGAGAUAGCGCCGAACAAUCCAGAUCAGCCAAACUUCCGCUUCGAGAUCACAUUCAAAAAUGGCACGGUGCCAGCCAACAUGACGAUUCCUGUGAAAGACCUAAGGAAGAGAUCAGAAGACCUUGGCCGUCGAGCAAGUGACCCAUUCACGAAUGAUCUCUUCGACCCGAACCCGACGCCCCCCAGUCGAGCAGAUCAGAUAUUCAUGGGUAAUACGACCGACAACAUCACCGAGCCUUUCCAGGGUGAAGACACUCCAUUUUUUAUGACGUUCCUCCCAGUGUUUCCUCUCGACCCGUUUAAUACGACCCAGAGCGCUUUCACAAGUUCCAAACUGCUCUCGAGCCGAGAUGGUAACAAUUCAAACAUCAUCCCUGCACCGGACGUACUCGACGAUGGAAGCGCAGCUCCAGCCAACCUACUUCCGACGUCACCGUACCCUACGUCCCAGCCGAUCAAACUGUACAACCGCGGACAGCAGGACGAGCACUUUGGCUUCUACAUGUACUACGACAAGGCGAUUUUCUUGCGCUCGACUGCAGCACUCAACACGUCAGGCUUCUCUGUCAAUGACGGGAUCGACCCGGCCGACCAAAAUGGCGGAUGUACACGAGACCAGUCGCGUUUACGGUGCACCUUGAGUCAGACUCGAUUCUUGGUGAGGAUUUGGACGAACCCUGCGUUCGGUGGAGCGCUGCUCAGCCCGACCACAUCGAACAACAACUCGGGGCCUGGAAACUCUUCGGCCACCGACUUCAAUCGUCCUGGGUCGUUUCCCUACCCGACGACAAUCCGUCUCGACCGGCAUGGGGGAAACAUCAACAAGAAGGCCGUGUAUUGCUAUGGCGUGGACGAUCUGCAGGUCAUUCAGGACGGCGUCAAGGGCAUUGUGCCGGAGCUGAGGGGCGUCGGCGGACACUUGAUCAACCCUGCACCUCCCUUGGUGGAGGAGGGAGGAGCGGGAGGUGGAAAUCCGACCGCCGAUGACGAUUUUGACCCUGAAGCGGGCGGCAUCGACGGUGGUACGGGUGGGUGUGAAUGUGUUUGGCAGAAUUGGAGUUGAAAACGGCAAACAACAAGGACACGAUUUUGGGUAUGUAACGAAAACGGGCGGUAAUCGGCUAUAUUCUGAUUGUGGGUGUUUUUUUUUUGGUUUUACUUGGGAGGGCAUGGGCAACAUAAAAAUAACCUAAUCAGGGAUUCUUUUGUUGGGAGAUGGAGGCAGAGUCAGAACUCUGGAAGUUCUUUUCCAAAAGCAUGGGGACCAAAAUCAACAAAUACAUGGUAAUUUCGUACUGGAAUAGUUUCAAAUUGAACAUGAAGGUGGUGAGUUGAGAUCUGGUCGAGGGAAGCUGUGACG